ACUCACAAACUUUGGACGCGUGUUGUUGUAGGAGUUGCGGUUCGGGUUCGGGUUCGGGGCAGGUCCGGAGGUUCGCGUGGUCCGAACAAGGAGGAGCACAUCCGCGUCUAACUGCACAGACUCCGGCUCCGGCUCCGGGUCCAGAAAGUCGCCUCGGACAAAAGCUGCGGCUGAAGAUCCGCUGGAUUUGGAAAUGCUCGCUUGAUGUUUGGACUGUGAAUCGGUCCAAAGAGUUCGACCGAACCGAGGAAGGGUUUGCGUGCGUAUUGAGCGUCAUUUCUGACCUUGGGUGCUGGAUGUAACCGUUACGCGCAGUAAAGUCAGGUCUCAGUCGCGGCUCUGCGUCAGGUUUCCUCAGCAGAACACAUGUUCUAAACACAGAACCUACGCUUCAUUUGGACCCAAUCCGUCGCCGAACUCAGAUGAAGUAAAGACGCGCUGAAAACGGAUCCACGUCUGGGUCUUUGUCUGUUUACAGUUUGUUUGACGUGUCGCUAGAAUGAAGGCUUUGCUUCUGGCUCUCGUGGCUCUCUCGUAUCUCCUGACCCGCACGGCCGAAGCCGACACGCAGACUCAUCUGAAGCGGGUCCAGCUGCAGAGACGCGCGAGACGCGGACGUACACAGCAGGGCGCGACGGACACGGAGCGUCUGCUCGGGCGCGCGCGCCCGGGCUUCAGCUCCGCCAUCUCUGUGCGCAGCCCCGGGGAGGGCGGGGCUCAGGCCGAGCAGCGUGCGGGAGCUGUGCGGGGCAACGCGGCGCCAGGAGCGGCUGCGGCGCCGCGGACUCAGCUCGGCUCGCCGCGGCACGAGAACGUCCAGCGAGACGAGGGCGCGCCAGCAGCGAAGGCCAGGGGGACCCGGAUGCCCAGCGGCGCCGGGUCACCGAACCUACUGGCGGGCUUCGCGGGGAAGAACCGCGUGUUGGUGAUCUCCGCUCCGCAUGACUCCGACGGCUACUACCGGCUGAUGAUGUCGCUUUUGAAGCCGGACGUGUACUGCGAGCUGGCAGAGCGACACGUGCACCAGAUCGUCAUGUUUCACCAGGAGGGGGCGAUGGGAGGCAGCGUGAGGAGGAUCAGCGCUGAGGGGAAGGUGCUGGAGGAGCCGCUGGACACUGCUCUCAUCCCCAGACUCAUGAGCUUCCUGAAGCUGGAGAAAGGUAAGUUUGGCAUGGUGCUGCUGAAGAAGACGCUGCAGGUGGAGGAGAGGUACCCCUACCCCGUGAGGCUGGAGGCCAUGUACGAGGUGAUCGACCAGUCGCCCAUGAGGAGGCUGGAAAAGCUUCGUCAGAAAGGCUUCGUCCAGAAAUGCAAAGACGCCGGCGUGGAGGGGCAGGUGGAGGAGGGGCCGCUCCCAGACACACAUGUAGAAAGAAAACCAACAAAGAAGAUUCCUGUGAAGUCCACACAGGCACCGACAACACCAACCACAACUCCCACCACAACCACAGCAACUACGACAACCACACGACCAUCAACCACCACCACGACUAAACGACCAACCACCACCACGACUAAACCACCAACCACCACCACGACUAAACCACCAACCACCACCACGACUAAACCACCAACCACCACCACGACUAAACCACCAACCACCACCACGACUAAACCACCAACCACCACCAAAGCUACAACCACCUCCACCACCCUGAGACCGACCAGAGCCCACACCACGGCGCUGUGGCUGCCGGCCCCUCAAACCACUGCUGAUACUUCCUACAACCCCGCACAGAGGGAGAGGUCCACCGCGGCUGGAGACAACCGCACAGACAGGGGCAGCAAAGGUCCACACAGGCACAAGCUGCUGCCUUCUUCACACAAACCCUUUAAGAAGGUGCUGACCAAAGACCACAAGGACCCGUAUGAGCCCAGUAAGCCAACGGCCAGUGGUCCUGAGGAGACCUUCACCGAGCCCAACCCCACCAGUAAAGGGAAGGGCAAGCACGAGAAGAAGAAGAAGAAGAGCGACAGGGCGCCCAAGAAGCCGGACAGGAGAGGGGGGAAGGCCGGAGGCAAGAAGAAUGGCAAGAAGCCGUCCAAGUACCCGGACAAGCAGGAAGAGCCGAAGCCCAGCAGGAGGCCCACGCCCCCUCCCAGAGGAGCUGUGGCCUCCUUCCUCGACUACUUUGAGAACAGGAGGCGGCUGCUGCUGAUCACGUCGCCCAGUGAGGAGAACAGCAUGUACGUUCAGCAGAGAGACGAGUACCUGGAGUCCGUGUGUGAAAUGGCCAUCAGGAAAGUGUCCAUCAUCACCAUCUUCGGUUCCCUGACCAACUCCACCAUGAAGAUUGACCACUACCAGCUGGAGAAGGACAAGCCAAUGAAGGGCCUCCGUGAGGAGGAUCUGGUGAACCAGGCUCUGAUCACGGAGCUGAGGAAGGACUACGGCAUGACGUACGAGGACUUCUACAUGGUCCUCACCGACAUCGACAUGAGAGUCAAGCAAUCCUACGAGGUUCCCAUCGCCAUGAAGGCCGUGUUCGACUACAUCGACACGUUUUCCUCCCGUAUCCGAGACAUGGAGCAGCAGAAGAGGGACGGGGUGACCUGCGCGAAGGAGGACAAGCCCAGGUCGCUGGAGAACUUCCUGUCCAGGUUCCGUUGGAGACGUCGCCUGUUCAUCAUCUCAGCCCCCAGCGACGAGGAGUGGGCCUACCAGCAGCAGCUCUACGCCCUGACCAGCCAGGCCUGCAACCUGGGUCUGAGACACAUCGCAGUUCUCAAGUUGGUCGGUGCUCAACUGCCGGACAUGGGUGGAGUGUUGGAGCUCUACCCCAUUAACGGCAGCGCCACCGUGGAGCGUGAGGGGCUGUCGGCCACGCUGGUGAAGGACAUGAGGAACUACUUCCAGGUCAGCCCAGAGUACUUCUCCAUGCUGCUGGUAGGGAAGGACGGGAACGUCAAGUCCUGGUACCCGUCCCCCAUGUGGUCCAUGGCCAUCAUCUACGACCUGGUGGACUCUAUGCAGCUGCGCAGACAGGAGAUGGCCAUCCAGCAGUCGCUGGGCAUGCGCUGCCCUGAGGACGAGUACGGAGGCUACGGCUACCACCAGCACGGCUACGAGCGCGGCUACGAGGACGGCUACCACCAGGGCUACGGCUACUGACUCGGCUAGCGCAUGGCUGACUGCUCCUCAGUGCUUCGUAGCCCUUCAUGAAAGCCGCCGCCCCUGCAGUUCUGUGUAGCAUGUGAUCCUGCUGGUAAUAGAGACCCGUGGGGGCUGGACUCACUGGGUCAAGGACCCUCAAAGACUGUUCUGCUUGUUGUUUUUCUCUCUUUCUGCAUUUAAAGUCAUAUUUACACAGCUUUUAUUUGUAGAUACUGGCUGAAAUAAGUCGUGUAUUUAUUAGACAUCUGAGGUGCAAUUAGUUCUUUUAGAAAUAAGCCAUUACAUUAUUUCUUCUUUGUAAAGUUCCUGUUAUUAAUGUUCUUAUUUAUGCCCUGUUGACACACUUGACAAAUAAACAUUUGUUUACCACCA